AGGAAUAGCUAAUACCCCAGAGGACAGGAUCAAAAUUCAAGAAGGACUCCUAGAUCCCUUUCACAUGCGCUGUUGUGAAGCCCAGUGUCCACCAUCCUAUAUCUGCAUUUCAUUUUUUCUUCCUAAGUGCAGUGACUCCAGGGAGAGCAUGAGAGCAUUCUGGCAAGUGCAAACAAUCCCUUAGCCUAAAGGUCAGGUUGGCUCUCAUCAGAUAUGGGAGGUGUUAAUCCACAACCAGUUGACCUGCGCACUGAUUCUCUGUUGAAUCCACUAUGGGGGGCUUUGGGGCCAUUUGUAAAUUCACCAGCUUCAGAAAGAUGUGAAAUCAAAGGACCCUCUGGCUUUAAGACCCAGGAGGAACCUUUAUAGUAGAAAUAAAAGGAGGGGAAAGCACUUUUUCCCCAGCCAGUCCUCUUGGGUGCAUCAGGCACUUUUGCUCCUUGCCUCGAAAACCAUCCAGUUAGGAGUCCAAGUUUCCCAGUGACAGCUUUCCCUGCCAUCGCCUUUUGAAAGAGGGAAAAGCAAGGGAUCCGAGCAGCACACAUUGCUCCAGCGAACCAAAUGCUUGCUCCCUGAUGACCGAUUGCCAGCUCUGGCCUCUUCAAAGAGGCUUCUUUCUUUCCAUGCUGUCAGCUGGAUAGAUGAGGGAGCCAAGCUUUGGUCUGGUCAUUCUGACUCUGGGACUCCAAGUUAUUCUCCAACUUGGUUGAGGUGCCAGCCUCUUUGGCCCAGAACUCAGCUCUGGAGCUGGAGUGAAAGAGAACACCAAACUGGUUCUCUUUCCUCAAACUUUGCAAGGACAGUCUGCUUUGAAGGUGGACCUGGUGCUUCCCAUCAGCAGCUCUCUGCAGCCAUGCGCCCCAAAGCCAAGGGCAUGCGACAGCUGAGCAUCAGUGUGGGACGCUGGCUGGUUUUUUGCACGUGGCUUUUAGCGACUGGAUCUUUUCCGCAUGCCGAGGGGGGAUGCGCCAACCGAGAGACCCACAAAUGCUGCCCGGGUCGGAAUAACGAUUGCUCUGCUUUCUCUCGGAGGAGAACGCCCUGUUACUGUGACACUUACUGCGAGAAGACAGGCGACUGCUGUGAGGAUUAUCAUGCCGUCUGUCAGGUAUCAGCAGCUGUCAAUUGUGUGGUCGGGCCCUGGGGUGACUGGAGUGACUGCAGUUCUCUCUGUGGCACCGGCAGCAAAGACCGGAUGCGUCAGGUCACUGUGCCACCGCGGAAUGGCGGAACCCCCUGUCCGGACCUCAAACAGAGGAGAGGGUGCCUCGGGGACAAUCCAGUUUGCAAGACAGCCAAAGAAGUGUCUAAGAUCCUACCGGAUUCAUUUAAAAGGGACUUCAAGGAUCCCUGGAGAAGACCUCACAUGCUGAUGAAGGAAAAGAUGCCAAGCUACUGCAUCUAUUUCCGUCUGAAGCAGGCGAGCCCUGCCUGCCACCUGCAUUUCUGGAGCAGCCAGCUGGUGAAAGAAAGGCGGGUUUGUGUGGAGUGCCAAGGGGCUGCAGUGGGCAGCAAGAAACGAUGCCAAGGUGACGGUCUUCAGGGAUCCAGAACAUUUUGGACUGCAGCUUCCAUUGCUGGCUGUCAAGGAUCUUGGGUGCAAGAGUCGUCCCAGGACAACUGUGUGUGUCCUCAACUUUCCUUUAUCUUCGUAUGAUGUUGCGUCAAGCUGUAUGACAAUCUGGACAGAGAGGAAGGCGUGCAUCGGCCAUAGCUGUUUUGUUGCAAAAGAGCAGGAUGAAGAAGCCAAGGAAAGACCAAAUGCUGCUUUUAAACCUCAACAUCAUUCUAAAAUCCAUGUUCUGUACCCUUUGCCCUGUGCGCACGCUCCACAUCUUCUCUGUUGGCUGCCGGGCCAGAUGCUGUUUCAGAGCACAAGAAUGCCUCAUGCAUUUUCGUUUUUAAAAAACAAAACCCACACAAAACCCAGACAUUUAUAUUAAAAAACAAAUUGCUAUGUAGUUCCCUCGUUGUCCCUAAAAUGGAAGCGUUUCUUUUUCUGCUUUCUGUGAAGACGUCUUUUCAAAAAUUUAGGAGCAAAAGGCAAGCCUCUUAGCGAAUUGCAACAAAUAGCAUAAGCCCUAGCAGAGUUACAUUUCAAAAGCAAUAUCGCAUAUUGGUGCAAAGUAGUAUUAUCAGUGUAACAAAUCACGGGCUCUUAUUCCUUUUGCGCAGUCGCGUUUAAAGAGCACUUGAAAGCAUUUUUAGAGGUGUUCUGUUUUCCAGGUUUUCUGCCAUUUUCUUACUAGUCCCUAAGGGCAUUUAUUUGGGCCCAGUUCUCAAAUCUGUUAAAACUCCUCUUGCAUCCGAAUUCUGUCUUCUGAGUUAUCGGUGUCCUAUUCCAGAGGAUGCAAUUCCCUUGAUAACAUGGCAUGUCUUCAUGUGAAUUCAUCUUGAAUAAAAUUUUCAGUUGCUCCA